UGGGAAUGCGCGCGCAGCCCCUGUGCGGUUUGUAGGGACUUCUGCUCGGAGGCGCGUCCUUUGUCUGUGAUGAAGAAAAUGAGGCUGCAAGAAGACAUCACAGAACUAAUAAGUGUCACAGUUAGGAUUUGAACCAAUGUCUCCAUUCUCCAGAUCUGGUGUGAUUGCCAGUGCAUCAGGUGACCUUUCAGGGUUCCUCAAUAGAAUGUUUAAGCUUGCAGUCUGAGUGAUUGAGGCCAGCUUUCUUCUAGGGAUGCGGAUUUGAAUUGCAGAUUGAACAUCCCAUCUGGAGAGGAUGCCCCUGAACAAGGAAUCCCUGACAUUCAAAGAUGUGGCAGUGGACUUCACCCAGGAGGAGUGGGGACAACUGGAUCCUGCUCAGAGGAACCUCUAUAGGGAGGUGAUGCUGGAGAACUACAGGAACCUAGUUUUUCUAGGGUAUCCCUUUUCCAAACCCAAUAUGAUCUCCCAGUUGGAGCAAGGGGAGGAGCCAUGGAUCCUGGAAAAAGAAAUCUCAAGGUGCAUUUAUGCAGGUGCAUUAUAUAACCCAAAGAACAUGACCAGGUAUACCUGUUGUGUAAACCAGAUCAGAAAGGCUGUCUUCCACUUAUCCUCAAGCCUAAUUCUAAGAAGGUUGUGGGAAGAGAGAUUCAAGACAAGCACCGUGACACCCCUGCUAUGCCUCCCUUCAUAUUUGAUCCCUCUUAAUAUUCACUCUUUUCUCAUUUCAACAUUUCUUUUACAUCAAAAUAAUUUCUUACCAUGUUACACUGUAACAUAAUAUACUUUCUGCAAGUCAUUGUGAAAUGAACCCUUUCCUUUACACUAGUUGGAAGGAAGAGUCCAAGCCCUCUGUUAUUCCUUAUUAGUAACUCUCAUGACCAAAUCUUGGAGCAAUCUACAGAGUAAAUUGCAUGCUUGCCACCCUUCUGCCUACCCUGACAGGGCUUUAUUUAUGUGCUGUGGCCUUUUUCACCUUUUUAAGGGCUACCUUUCUCAGCUUGCCUUGAAUGGCAUUUAGCAGAUUCCUGUAAAGCUCUAAUGUAAAUAGACAUCGCUCUCACCUCUUCUCUAGGGCUUCAGACUAUGUGGAACUUUAAAAUACCUGAUUGAGGAUUUGGAACUUUAUCCUGGGGACAAGUGGAGGGAAAAGGAUAAGGAUUAGCGUUUUUAAAGCUAGAAAAGACAUGAUGAAAUUAGUAUUGUAGGAUGAUUAAGUUGUUAACUGUAUUCAGGAUGUUAAGGCAGAGGGUUAGAGGUUUAUUAUAACAAUUCAGAAAUUAAAAAAUCCUUUUAUGCUCUGAGAAUCUUUAAUCUAACUCUUAAUCAUACACUAGCAGGUAAGGUUUCCAAGAACAAGGUUGGCUAACUACAUCUUCCCUUCAUAGUUCUAGGGCUACCCUUGUGGGAUUCAGGAUAUUUUUCCAGUGCAAUAAGCUAAGUCUCCCAUUCUUGCGUGCUCUGCAAUUUCAAUUGCCAGAUACAAUUAGUAUCUCCCUUUUAUCAUCAGUAACCUCCAGUCAUUAGCACUUCGGUAUCAUUUACCAGUUAAAGUCAAUUACCUUUUAGAGAGGAAUAUUUACUGAGAAGAUAUGUUAAAAUCAAGUCAAUAGCCGGUAUCUUAUACAUACAAGAUAUAUACUGGGUAAAUUGAAGUUACGCUCAAAAGGAAGGCACUAGCACUGAGGAGAGAUUCAGAAAGGCCUUUCGCAGAAGGUGGGAUUGGAGCCAGGGAAGCCAGGAGGCAGAAGUAAUCAGACAGAGAGCAUGCUGGGAAUAGAUGACAGCCAGUGAAAAGACACAGUCAGGAGAUAAAGUGUCAUGUGCAAGAGCAGCAAGAGAGUAGUGUCACUGGAUGAUACAGUAUGUAGAGGAAAAUAAAGUAUAAGAAUGCUGGAAAGGUGGAAAGGGGCCAGACUUUGAAGGACUUUAAAAGUCAAACACAGUAUUUUACAUUUGAUGCCAGGGCACCAGGGAACCGCUAGAGUUUGUUGAGUAGGUGCGUGACAUGGUCCUAUCUGUACUUUAGGAAGAUCACUUUGAUAGCUGAAUGGAGAAGG